GCCUGUCGUUGUUUACAUUCUCUGAGUGGUCCAGCUAGCUAAUUGGCGAACAGGAAUGACGGCAGCUUCUAUGAAAUGACGGGUGACAUUUGAUUAGGUUUUAAUAUUUAUACACAUUUUUCGUAUUCUCUCGGUGUUGUUGUUGUUGUUGUUGUUGUUCGGGUCAUGGCAAUAGCUCGGUGCUGGUACUGUCUUUGGGUAAUGUUACCGCUCGUCCUGCUGCGGUGGCCGGGGCUGCUGGUCGCCGCGGAGCAGGUCGCUCUGGUGGAGGUUUUCCUGGAGCAGCGGCCCGGCGUCAGCGCUGUGCUCCAGGGGGAGGUGAUGGAGUCCAGCAGGGAGAGCAGCAGGAGCUCCGAGACCCAGGACGAGGACCAGGAGGAGCUGGAGGGAGAGCUGGUCCUGGUUCAGAAUGAGGAGACACAGGUCAACGGAGGAAAAGGUGAGGACGACACCAAAGAGCAGGAGCUGUGGAUCGGGGUGGUGCCUGUGGAGAUGGACGAAAUCAAAGCUUCCACUGGGAACCAAGAGUCCUUCGCUGAUGCAAUGGUCAACAGAAUGAAGCGAGCUUUGGUCCUCGGAGCGUCUGCCCUGAUCAUUCUCGCUCUCAACCAAAACACAGUCAGUGAGAUGGAUCUGUCCCAGGUGCUGUCCAAGCCUAUCAUUGUGAUCCAGACGUCGGAAAAUGUCACAAAGCUGAUCGGAGCUCUGCUCAGGGGUCUUCAAGCUACAGCAAAGAUCACAUACAAGACGAUCCUGCAGGACAACCUGGGGGCCACGCUCACGCUGUGGUCCAGCUGCGGUCGGUCCAGAGGGGGUCCCUACGGAGAGUGGCAGGGGGUCAUCUGCACGGGGGAGACCAACUCUCAGGUCCAGAAGUACCUGCAGCAGCUGUGGGACACGGUGCUCCUGGUGGCUCUGAUCAUCAGCACCGGGGUCAUCGUUCAGGCCCGCUGGCAGCACCAGGACCAGCAGCUCCACGACGACCUGGAGCUCUUUCCUAAACAGGACGUCCUGAAGAGGAUGUCGUCCCUGAAGACCAAAACGUACCUCCAGCCCAAACCGUGGUGUGACCCCUCCCAGUCGGGGGAGGCGGACAACUGUGCGGUGUGUCUGGAGCCAUUCAACAACAACCAGUGCCUGCGGGUGCUGCCCUGUCUGCACGAGUACCACAGAGAGUGUGUGGACCCCUGGCUGCUGCUGCACCACACCUGUCCUCUGUGCAAACGCAGCAUCCUCGGCAGCGUCCGCAGAGACAGUUAACGCCGCCUCUCUUCCAGCUCUGGGAACAAGGUCUCUUCCUCAGUGACACUCAAGUAGCCGUUUUUUUAUCUCCAAACCUCGCCGCUUCCUCCUUCAAGCAAUGGAUUGAGGGACUAAUAAAGACUAAACAGCAGUUUGCUGGCGUCUGGACUGUGGAGGGGUCAGAUGUUGAUAUCUGUCCUUAGCGUGGGUGCAGUCAGGAAGAGAAACAGACGAACAGUAGUAGUGUUAAUACAAUAAUAUGAAGUACUGUUGUGUGUAAACAGUACUACUUCCUGGGAUCAUGUUACUGUAUAUUUGUGGACAUAUCAGUUUGUAUGUGUGAUGUAAAGCAGGGCAGAUAUGACUAAUGUGCUCUCGUGGUCAGUGACACACAAACCACUUCUGCUCUGUUCCUGCAAACAGCAACGAGGCAUCCGCUGAUCUACACCGGAGCGAUUACUGUCGAGUAAAUGCUUCAUGUUUGAAGCAGGGACGAAUCGAUUAACUGUGUUAAUGUUCACUUUAGGUCCAAAUGAUGUCAACAACCACCAUAUUAAAUAAGAGUACACUAGUGUCCACACUUUGCUUCUAAAUGCGGAGGUUCUAUAGUUUGAACAGAUGUGGAAGAAUGGGUCCUUACCAUGCCUUGUGACUGAACUGCAGCAGUGACAGAGACCUCAAACGCAUCUCCUUAAUGAUUAAAAAGGUUAAUAUUUUGUAGAGAAUCAAAGCUAAGUUGGAUUGUUUCCUCAUUUUUAAUGUUGUUUAUCAAUUUUUUCCUUAUCAGACGCUUAGUGUUAAGAAGUCUUAACAGUUUUGUUCUGAGGGUCAAACAGAUUUCACUGUUUCAUCUCAUUCAUCAUGAAAGAGGUCAACGACACACAUACUGUCAUGUAUUUUAAUGUUUAACACACCCAGCUACAUUUGACUUUGAUUAAGUCGUCAACACAUUGUACUGAGAAACAAAGGUAAUGACUCCAACUCGAUGGAUAUCGAACACGUAGUCUUAUAUUUAUUUAUAGUUCUUGGUUUUUCCAAUUGACAUGUGGUAUGUUUCCCUUUUUCACAAAAUGCCUGUACGGCACGUGCUUCCACAACAUCAGGAGGAUUUUCUUUCAUUAUAUUAUUUUGAAGGCUGGACAACAAUGGUGUGAACUGGGUAGAUGUCACGUUAGAGCACUUGAAUGUUACAUGCAUGCAGGUUUUUCACAAGCUCCUCCCACAGGAUGAGAGUAAGAGCAGCACUGGUGUUCAGCAGGUCAGUAACUGUUCCUCCAGCUACAGAAGAGUCUCUCCUUAACCCUGGACGCUUCCUCCUUUUAUUCCUGUUCUGCUUAUCUGAUGUCAAAGGAAUUCAAAUCGUUCACUCUGGAUCUUAAUAAUAAAUGAUUUGUUACUUGGCAAAAAUAAACGUCUUUGUCCUCA